CGAGCGCGGGCCCGGCUGAGUGCCCGUGGCCCGCGCCUGGCGCCCGCAGCCCUAGCCGCACCCGCCGCGGACGGAGCCCAUGCGCGGGCCCAGUCGGUGCCCGCCCGCGCCCCCGCCCCGCCCCGGCCCCGGCCCCCGGGGCAGUCGCACCAGUGAACGGUGGGGCAGGAGCCCCCGACGAGCCGGGAGUGGCAGCCCCUUGGAGAGCGAUGACGGAGUAUAAGCUUGUGGUCGUGGGUGCCGGAGGCGUGGGGAAGAGCGCCCUGACCAUCCAGCUGAUCCAGAACCACUUUGUGGACGAGUAUGACCCCACCAUAGAGGACUCCUACCGGAAGCAGGUGGUCAUUGACGGGGAGACGUGCCUGCUGGACAUCCUGGACACAGCGGGUCAGGAGGAGUACAGCGCCAUGCGGGACCAGUACAUGCGCACGGGGGAGGGCUUCCUCUGCGUGUUUGCCAUCAACAACACCAAGUCCUUCGAAGACAUCCAUCAGUAUAGGGAGCAGAUCAAGCGGGUGAAAGAUUCAGACGAUGUGCCAAUGGUGCUGGUGGGGAACAAGUGUGACCUGGCCGCACGCACUGUUGAGUCUCGGCAGGCCCAGGACCUUGCCAGGAGCUACGGCAUCCCCUACAUUGAGACAUCCGCCAAGACCCGGCAGGGUGUGGAAGAUGCCUUCUAUACGCUUGUGCGAGAGAUUCGGCAGCAUAAGCUGAGGAAGCUAAACCCGCCUGAUGAGAGCGGCCCCGGCUGCAUGAGCUGCAAGUGUGUGCUCUCUUGACGCCAGGUGAGGCGGGGCCAGACAAGCGCCAGGACAGUGGCCCUGGUUGGCUAGACGAGCCUCCGUGUCUGCUCCGAUGUCUCCCUGCCGAUGAUCAGUGGCAUCCUUUGUGCCCACCCAGUCCCAGGCUUAGGACAUGGAGGAGCCGGAUGUGGGGAGGAGGUGCAGACGGAAGGAAGCAAGGAAGAAGGAGGGAAGGAAGGAAGGAAGCAAGUGCCACUGGAGCCCAGCCAGCCCAGGGACGGUGGACAGAGGUGACCAAGACCCUCGCAUGGAUGCUUUGCACAGACUGUCAUGAACUGUUCCAAAUGCCACAGGCACCCCGGUCCUUGACUCCCCUUCCAGCCCCCUUUGGGCCUCUAUUGGGUGCAGGUUGAAUCAGUAAAUUAUUUGACGGUCUUGA